AUGCUUCCGAAAAAUGGUGCCGUUAGUAAUAGACUCCACCAGGAGCUGAGAUAUAUUUUGCUAAUCUAUCAUCGGAACAAGAAUCAGCAUAAAGCGGCUGUAUGGUGGCGCCAUUUCAAUGAAUUGAAGAGAAGUGUAACUCAGGUGUUAGUGUUAAUUCAGCCUAACACCACACUGCUGAACACACAAAUUGUGACCCUUUACAAUAUUUUACAGAAGCUACGCAAACGCCAACUAUCUCGGAUGUACUACAGCUUCAAUGGCGUGGUCGGACUUGGGCAGUUUGUUACAUUAGGGGUGGUUCUCAUAGGCCUUUUGGCUCGAGUAAGCGCUCUAUACAACAGAAUCUACGAAGAGCACGAGAAACACUUCAGAGAUAUGGGUCUCAUAGCUAGCCAGAGUGUUAAACUUUCCACUCAAAUUCCAAGCGACCAAAUGCAGUUGUUGGUCGAAGAAGAGUUAGGUGAAGAGGUUAAAUUGGAUGACGAAUCGCUCAAGAUCCCUGAGUCUGAAGUGUGGAAAGCUGUUACUGACGUUGAAGUGAGGACAAAAGAAAUUCAGGGUAUCGAAAAGGGCAUGAAGAAGAAGAAAAAGAAGGCAAAGAAGAAGAGCACCAUGGAUGACAUCUUCGGGUGA